UAUUUGUUUUCAAAAAAAAAAAAAAUGGUGUCAAAUUCGUGUUACAGUUCUUUGGUUCGAGCUAUAAAUACGAAUCCUCUUGUUCGCUUUUCCACAUUCAAAUAUCCAAUCUCUUCACCUUUGAAUAAUCGUUUGUUGAAGCUACCCAACAAGAGUCUCUGUUCUUUUGGUUUCGGAACUCGCAGAUUCAAAUCGGGACAGGCAUUGCGUGCGUUAGCUUUUCAGGAAACCGAGCAAAGUGCUUCGAAUAGCGAACAUCUAUACAAGGAAGAAGAAGAAGAAGAAGAAGGAGAAAUGACGAUUAAACCGGCGGUACGGAUCGCCAACCGGAAGCUAAUCGUAAAGGACCGUACGAUCCUAACCGGAGUACCGGAGAAUGUGAUAUCCACGUCCGGUUCGGAUUCCGGUCCGGCGGAGGGCGUUUUCCUCGGCGCCUUUUUCGGAGAAGACAAAAGCCGCCACGUCAUCAGCCUUGGGACGCUCCGUGACGUCCGGUUCAUGGCGUGCUUUAGGUUCAAGCUCUGGUGGAUGGCGCAGAAGAUGGGAGACAAAGGGAGUGAAAUUCCUCUCGAGACUCAAUUCCUAUUGAUCGAAACCAAAGACGGGUCCCACCUCGAACCGGACGGCACUGGAGACGACGACAACAAGAUCGUCUACACCGUGUUCCUUCCGCUGAUCGAAGGCUCCUUCCGUGCUUGCCUGCAGGGAAACGACAACGACGAGUUGGAGCUCUGUCUAGAAAGUGGAGACUCGGAUACUAAAGCGUCGUCGUUUAAUCAUUCCCUGUUCAUCCACUCCGGCGCCGACCCGUUCUUGGCGAUCACGGAAGCGAUCACGGCGGUUAAAUUGCAUCUCAAGACGUUCCGGCUGCGGCAUGAGAAGAAGGUCCCGGGGAUUGUGGACUACUUUGGGUGGUGCACAUGGGAUGCCUUUUAUCAGGAGGUGACGCAAGAGGGAGUUGAGGCAGGAAUUAAGUCUCUUUCAGAGGGUGGUGCCCCUCCGAAGUUCGUGAUCAUCGACGACGGAUGGCAAUCAGUUGGAGCCGAUGAGGCGGGGAGGAGUGACGAUGAGUUGCUCCGCUUGACGGGGAUUAAAGAGAAUGCCAAGUUUCAAAACAAGGAUGACCCUGCUAUGGGGAUAAAGAACAUUGUUGGAAUUGCCAAAGAGAAGCUUGGUUUGAAGUAUGUUUAUGUGUGGCACGCCAUAACUGGGUACUGGGGAGGGGUUCGUCCCGGGGUGAAGGAGAUGGAGGAGUACGAUUCAGCGAUGAAGUAUCCGGUGGUGUCAAAGGGGGUUGUCGAGAAUGAGCCGGUGUGGAAGACAGAUAAGAUGGCUGUGAAGGGAUUGGGGCUGGUGAAUCCCAAGAAUGUGUACAGGUUUUACAAUGAGCUUCACGGUUACUUGGCGGCUGCUGGUGUAGAUGGAGUUAAGGUGGAUGUGCAGUGCAUCUUGGAGACACUCGGCGCAGGGUUCGGCGGCCGGGUUGAGCUGACAAGGCAGUAUCAUCAGGCAUUGGAUGCUUCCGUCACGAGGAACUUCCCGGACAACGGAUGCAUCGCUUGUAUGAGCCACAACACCGAUGCGCUCUACUGUUCAAAGCAGACAGCAAUCGUGAGGGCAUCGGAUGAUUUCUUCCCGCGUGACCCAAUGUCACACACAAUUCACAUAGCGGCGGUGGCCUAUAACAGUGUGUUUUUGGGGGAGAUUAUGCAGCCUGAUUGGGACAUGUUCCACUCUCAACAUCCCGCCGGAGAAUACCAUGCCUCUGCGAGAGCCAUAAGCGGUGGCCCCAUUUAUGUCAGUGAUGCGCCUGGGAAGCACGACUUUGAGCUCCUAAAGAAGCUUGUUUUACCAGAUGGGUCUGUCCUCAGAACACGCUUGCCCGGCCGGCCUACUCGGGACUGCUUAUUCUCUGACCCGGCAAGAGAUGGAAUCAGCUUGUUGAAGAUAUGGAGCAUGAACAAGUACACUGGCGUACUGGGAGUCUUUAACUGCCAAGGCGCUGCAUGGAGUAGUAUGGAGAGGAAGAACGCAUUCCAUCCAAUGACGUCAGAGGCCAUUACCAGCUAUGUCAGAGGCCGUGAUGUCCACCUCAUUGCCGAGGCUGCCACCGACUCUGAUUGGGACGGUGAAUGUGCGGUGUAUUGCUUCCACUCUGGCGAGGUUGUCACCCUUCCUUACAACGCUAUGAUGCCAGUGUCUCUUAAGGUUCUAGAGCAUGACAUAUACACCGUCACUCCCGUCAAGGUCUUGACUCCGGGAUUCAGUUUUGCCCCAUUAGGACUCAUCAACAUGUACAACCCAGGCGGAGCCAUCGAACGACUGAGCUACGAAGCAAAAAGUGGAUUUCAGCUGUCAGAGCUCGAGAUUGGAUUCAAAGAGGAUGGAAACGUUGAGAGGGAAGUAGAGAAUCGAAGCUCUGAGCUGGUGGGGAUAGUUCAUUUGGAGGUGAAAGGGUGUGGCAAAUUUGGAGCAUAUUCUUCGGCCAAGCCAAGAAGAUGCAUUGUUGAUUCUCAAGUGGUUGAUUUCUCCUAUGAUUCAUUAUGUGGAUUGAUGACUUUCAGUUUAGAUAAUUUGCCUGAAGGAAUGAGAGUUCAUGAUGUUAAGGUUGAGUUAUAAGCGAUUAUUGGUGUCAUUAGGCUAGAUCAUUAAAGGAGAGUUGAUUCUUUGUGGAAUGGUUCCCCAUUUUUCUUUUGAUAAAUUUCUUGUACCCAUGAGCUGAUAUGAUUGCAUUGUUUGGGAAGUAAAAGAGAAUUUGAAUAACUUACCUUGAUCUCUUAUUGCUAUUGAGCA